GUGUGAAGAAAGAUGAACAUGAGUUUUUUACAUUAGUCAAUUUCAGCCGGUUAGGACAUCAUGAAGAUAAUUUAGUAUUGGCAUCACAAGCAAAACAAGUAUUCUACAUGGUUGACCCUGCAGAUUCAAAAUGGUUUGUUGUCAUGGAAGGAAAAAGGAGAAUACUUGGAAUUGAUGAUGUACACGAUGAAGAAGAUUACGAUGCACAAUUCAAUGAAGUUAUUGCUUCGUCAGUAGUUAUUCCAAGUACAUUAGGGGAAGAUCUAGACACAAAUUACAUUCGUCGAGAUCACAAUGAGGGAUUUUACGUUGGCAAAGAAAUGGCUGAUUAAUAGGUAAAUUAUGUAAUAUUAACACAACUACUAAUGUUUAUAAUCUUUAAUUAUUUAUUUUGCGUUUUGCAUGUUCAAAUAAUUGUGUACUAGUUUUAUAUGCGUUAAUAUUGAUUUUUACUCUUAUUUUUUUUUUAAAUGUUGUGAGAAUAGGCGGUUGAGUUACGAUUCUUUUGUUUUCUUCGUAUUUUUUGUUUUUCCUUUUUUCGUUUUUCUUUCUCUCCUUGUAUUCUUUUGGUUGUAAUUUGUUUAAUUUAUUAAGGGUAGAAUGAGAUUUUUAAUAUUUUGGUGUCCCCUCAUAGUUGCCUUAUAUAAUAGAGAUUAAUUUAUUGAUUAAUCUAACAUGUACAUGGUUUCAGGUGUAGUGAUGGCAGAUGAUGAGAUAAUGCGUGAUGUAUCUGAUGCAGCUGUUACGAAGAAGAAAAGUAGGCCAAGAGGUCCUACAAAAGGGAUACGUUCCAAACCCGGCAUUCAGAGAGUUCUUGCUUGGGAUGAGUGGAUACGUCCGAUUGGGCGCUAUGCUAGUGAGUACAAGAUUUAUUGUGGGGAGAUCAGUAGAAGCAAAGUGUCUAUCUUGUACGACACUUGGGAUGAUGUUCCAGAAGGCACCAAAAACACUUUGUGGGAAGAUGCUAAAAGAGAGUUUGGGAUAGAAGAGGAUGUGUUGAAGAAACGAGAUGUCUUGACUACAUGUGAUAAACGGUGGAGAGAUUUCAAGUCAAGAUUGGUGACUAGAUGGAUCACUAAAACGAGGAAGGUGGCUAACGAUGAUAGGCAGCCAUACGUGAUGUAUCCUUACAUCACGCGAGAGAUAUGGGACCAGUUUGUAAAAAAAUGUAGCACUAAGGAGUUCCAGGCUAAAAGUGCAAAAGCAAGAAUCUCUCAGGCUGCUAACAAGCAUCCUCAUUUUUUGGGCCAAAAAUCAUAUGCGGAGAUGAUUCCCAUUUGGCAAAGCAGAGGGUAUAUCCCUUCUGCUACAGCAUCAUCUGUUGACUCUUCUACAUCAUCUUUGAUUACCUCCUUGCCGGAUCGGACAUUGCCUUGGCUUCUCGCGAGAUCGAAAAAAGAUAAGGAUGGAAAAUUAUUCUUUCCUAAUGAAGAAACACAAAAGAUAAAAGAGUCCAUUGAUGAUUGGAAAAAGAAAGAAGCUGAAGGAGAGUUUGUUCCAGGUCGGAUGGAUGAUGCUCUUUCACGUGCUUUGCAGAGGAAAGACCGACCUGGGCGUGUGCUAACAGCUGGGCGUAGCAUUGGAAUUACAUCUGUUUGGGGAGAUCCUGAUCGGAGGAGUAGUGCCUCAAAGGGUAAGGGCAUGGAUGAUGAAGAGAUUCAGGCAUUGGAGGCUAGAGUGAGUCAAAGAGUUAGAGAGCAGACUAUUGAAGAGAUGAACUCGAAGAUAGAUGAUAUGGUUCAACAAAGGUUUAUGGCUUAUGCGAUGCAAAUGGGUUUUCCAUUACCGACUCCUUCCACUCCAGUCGUUCCUACUAGCUGUCAAUCGGGGGGCAAUGAUCCAUUUGCGGACUUGCAGAGUCAAGUUCCAUGACGCUUGGCAAUAGCGGAUGUCUCGGGACCGAUCAUUGUAGCUGUGGGUACCGUUCAUCCACGACAGGAGCCAUCAUCACACGCUACGACUGCCAUGAGAGUGAGUGUUGAUGAGUUUUAUGUGGAUUACGCAGAUGUUCCAGUUCCA